ACGCCCCGGUAGGCGCGUCGGGCCUCUCCCACUCCUACAGGGCGCUCUCGCGGCAGAGUUCGCGCGCUCCUCCUUCUCCCCGGUUUCUCCUCUAGCCCAGGCCCCGCCUGUUUCCCUCCUCCAGGGCCUGGUUCGCGUUCGCCCCUCUCAUCUGCGCCUCUGCUGCUUGUGCUGAAGGCGGAGGCUCCAUGUUGUCCCCUCAGCGAGCGGUAGCGGCUGCCUCGAGAGGAGCAGGUGAUGCCAUGGAGAGCAGAAAGCCUGGUCCAGUGCAGGUGGUUUUGGUUCACAAAGACCAGCACUCCUUUGAACUAGACGAGAAAGCCUUGGCCAGCAUCCUCCUGCAGGACCACAUCCGAGAUCUUGAUGUGGUGGUAGUAUCAGUGGCUGGUGCCUUUCGAAAGGGAAAAUCCUUCAUUCUGGACUUUAUGCUACGAUACUUAUAUUCUCAAAAGGAAGGUGGCCAUUCAAAUUGGUUGGGUGACCCGGAGGAGCCAUUAACAGGAUUUUCAUGGCGAGGUGGUUCUGACCCAGAAACCACUGGGAUUCAGAUCUGGAAUGAAGUUUUCACCAUGGAGAAGCCAGGUGGGAAGAAGGUUGCAGUUGUUCUAAUGGAUACCCAGGGAGCCUUUGAUAGCCAAUCAACUGUGAAAGACUGUGCGACCAUUUUUGCUUUAAGCACCAUGACUAGUUCAGUUCAGAUUUACAAUUUGUCCCAGAACAUUCAGGAAGACGAUCUUCAGCAACUACAGCUCUUCACAGAAUAUGGUCGUCUAGCAAUGGAUGAAAUUUUCCAAAAACCUUUCCAGACACUGAUGUUUUUGGUUCGAGACUGGAGUUUCCCUUAUGAAUACAACUAUGGACUACAAGGAGGAAUGGCGUUUUUAGAUAAGCGUUUACAGGUAAAGGAACAUCAACAUGAAGAAAUUCAGAAUGUUCGGAAUCAUAUUCACUCAUGUUUCUCCGAUGUGACCUGUUUUCUCUUACCACAUCCAGGACUCCAAGUAGCCACAAGCCCUGACUUUGAUGGGAAAUUGAAAGAUAUUGCUGGUGAAUUCAAGGAACAAUUGCAGGCAUUGAUACCUUAUGUGUUAAACCCUUCUAAAUUAAUGGAAAAGGAGAUCAACGGCUCAAAAGUCACUUGCCGGGGACUAUUGGAGUAUUUUAAGGCAUAUAUUAAAAUUUACCAAGGAGAAGAUCUGCCUCACCCUAAAUCCAUGCUUCAGGCUACCGCUGAAGCUAACAACUUAGCUGCUGCAGCCUCUGCCAAGGACAUCUAUUACAACAACAUGGAAGAGAUUUGUGGGGGAGAGAAACCUUAUUUGUCUCCAGACAUUUUAGAGGAGAAGCACUGUGAAUUCAGACAGCUUGCUCUGGACCAAUUUCAGAAGACAAAGAAGAUGGGUGGGAAAGAUUUCAGCUUUCGUUAUCAGCAGCAGCUGGAGGAGGAAAUCAAGGAGCUCUAUGAGAACUUCGGCAAGCACAAUGGUAGCAAGAACGUCUUCAGCACCUUCCGAACCCCUGCAGUUCUCUUCACCGGCAUUGCAGCCUUGUACAUAGCCUCUGGCCUCACUGGCUUCAUUGGUCUUGAGGUUGUGGCCCAGCUGUUCAACUGUAUGGUUGGACUGCUGUUAAUAGCGCUCCUCACCUGGGGGUACAUCAGGUAUUCUGGUCAGUAUCGUGAGCUGGGCGGAGCUAUUGACUUUGGUGCAGCCUAUGUGUUAGAACAGGCUUCGUCUCAUAUUGGUAAUUCUACUCAGGCUGCUGUGAGGGAUGCAGUUAUUGGGAGACCACCGGUGGAUAAAAAAACUCAAUAGCAUCAUAGCAAGAGGAGCAAACACGAGCCCAAGCAGCCCUUAGAGUUCUGAGUUUCUGCCACUGCCACCACGAGUCCAGCUCCAAAGGAAUGGCAGAUCUGGGACCAUCUGGGAGGAGCUGAAACACAGCACUGUAAUAAAUGACUGACCUCUCCUGUGGUGUGGUUUCACAUUCCAUUUCUUUUGGAAGCAGUUCUUUCCUGGCUGUUACAGACUCAAUUUGUGUUUUCCUAUUAUUUUCUGCUUUGUGCACUUUAUUGGGGAGGGUGGGGGAGCUGAAAGGAAAACAUGGAAAUGCAGUUUUCAGUCUUUUAUGUGCCACUUAGUGCCUUUUCAUAUCAAACCCAUGCUUGAACACACAUGAAGGGGGAGGGGAUGGAGGAGAACCUCAUGCAAUGCGCUGUUUUGGGGGUGAAACUUAUCAGUUCUUUUGUACCACUUGAGGAUUUCAUUUUUAAAAGUUUACAAAACUCGCGACUAGAAAGAGGGUUCAGCGGUUAAAGGCACUUGCUUGCAAAGCCUGAUGGCCCGGAUUUGAUUCCCCAAUAUCCAUGUAAAGCCAUAUGUACAAAGUGGUGCAUGCAUUUGGAGUUCCUUUCCAGUAGUAAGAGACCCUGGUGUGCCCAUUCUCAUUCUCUUUCUUUCUCCCUCCUUCCCUCUCUCUCUGCUUGCAAAUAAAUAAUAAAUAAUAAAUGAAAUAUUUUUUAAAGUUUAUAAAACUUGGAAGAGUUCAGAACUGAAGACUAACUGCAAAUGACAUUAUGAUUUAAAGUCUUUCCCCUCACCCUGCCCUGCCCUGCCCCCACCCGGUGAUUGAACCCAGGGCCUCCAGCAUACUAAGGAAGUACUCUACCCUAUUUACUUUUUAUUUUGAGGAAAGGUCUCAGGCCUUAAAACUCUCUCUGUAGUCCAGGGUGGCCUUGAAUUUCUAUCUACUAGCCUUUUUAGUAGCUGGGGUGACAGACUUAUAACAACAGGCCUGGCUUAAAAUUGUCUUUACAAUGCUAAAAUUCUGCUUGAUUUGCAACAUUCAAAGAAUUAUAUCAUUUGAUGUACUAUACUGUGGAAUGUAAGGCCUUUUACUUGGCUGGCUGGCAAAUUUGUUGAACUGGUUUUAUAAUAAAAGGAAUAAGCUGGCUACUUUAAGGAAAAAAAAAUCUGUUUAAGUGAACCAUUGACCUCUGAUAAAUCACUUGAUCUUGUGCCUUGCUCAUAUUCAGUAUAACUUUAUGUAAGUAUGUUAAACUUGUCUCUCACUCAUGUCUUAUUUCUGGGUGUUCUGCAUUAAAUAUACAAUUUCAUUAAGGUUAGAGAAACAACAUUACCAAAUAUUACUACCCUUAAUUAAUGUCCUAUUUUGUGUGGGUUUAUAAUGCCGAACAGCCUGAUGUAGGGUUUUUACCCUUUGGCUUAUAAUGGUCAACUAUGGAUUUGAAAGUUGUUUUGUUUUUUUUUUGUUGUUGUUGUUAUUGUUGUUGUU